AUGUUUCUAGAAUUGACAAACUGUUCAGGACGAAUAAGUAUACAAGAACUGCAUUUCGCAGUAAAAGCAUUAAAAUUGGAUAUUAGUGAUGAUGAUACGAAAGCAUUAUUUCGUCAAUUUGACACAACAAAGAAUGGUCAAAUUGAUUUAAAAGAAUUCAUACGACAAUUACGACCAGAAAUGAACGAUAGACGAUUAAAAGCAGCACUAAACAUAUUCAAUUCAACAGAUAUAAAUAAAGAUGGAGUAUUAACUAUCUCUGAUCUUCGAGCAUUACGUAACUUUUUCAAUAAAUUCGAUACGUAUGGUCAAAAAAAUGGUGAAGUAGGAAAAGAUGAAUUUUUAGGAUUUUGUUCAAUGCUUAGUACAACAAUCAAAGAAGAUAUUUAUUUUGAACAUAUAUUACGUACAAUAUUCGAUUUUCGUAUUUGA